AUGAUUCGUAUAUUUUCAUUACUUCUUGUUACUUCAGCAUUCAUUUAUGCUAUUGAAAGUGCGACAGAUCAUAAACCUGUAGCUGCUGGUGCAAAGGGAUGCGCACCAGUCAAGUGUCAUGGUAAAACGAAAACAUGUCCCUAUGGUUAUGAAAAAAAGAAUGGUUGUGAGAUCUGCAAAUGUCAUGAUCCGUGUAACCCACAGGGAAAAUCAAGAGUUUGUGGCAAAAAGGAACGAUGUCACGUUGAAAAGAAACCUGAUGGAACAUUUGGAACUCGUUGCGAUGCAGCAGCGAAAAAAACAGGCAAAUCUGGAAAAUUUGAUCCUAAAGAUUGCCAUUUACCUUCAGCAGUCGGACCAUGUAGGGCAGCGAUACCACGUUUUUAUUAUAACACAGCCGCGAAAACUUGUGAGGAAUUCACCUAUGGAGGAUGUCUUGGCAACAAAAAUAAUUUCAAGUCGAAAUCCGAAUGUGAACGUUCAUGCAAGCAAUGA